AUGGAAGUGGUACAAGUUGCUCAAUAUGAAAGUGAUACAUCGAAUGAAGAGUUUGUUGAAGAAAAUUAUAGAAUAAAUGAAAAUGAAAAACUUUCAAAAAAAAAGAAAUUAAAAAAAUGUUGGAUAAAAGAACGUACACUUGAUACUGCUGCUGAAGCAGAAGCAUCAAUUUUAGAUCAGUGGUCAAAAUACUAUACAAACCAUACAGAAAAUGGAAGAAUGGUUUAUUAUAGAUGCAACAAAGCCAAACUUCGUGGACCUCAAUGUAGUGUAAGUAUUUAUCUGCUAUACCAUGCAGACCAUGAUAAAGUUACCAUUUAUAAAACUGAAGCUGAACACGAUCAUCAUGUUGACAAAGUUCGUGGUAUUGAUGAAAAUGUUAAAAAGUGCAUAGAAGAAUUAUUUAAUGAUGGUAUAAUGAAACCAAAACAAAUUAUUCGAGCACUUCAAGCAAGAAAAAAAUAUGGUUCUCAUAAAAUUAGUUUAGGUGAAUUAGAACAGCGGUGUGAAAAUAAUAAAAAUAUUCCAACUGAUGAAAAUGAAUCUUUUGUUGUAUCAUACAAGAUAUUAUAUAAUGAUGAGGAAUAUGAAGACGAUGAAGAUGUAGAAGAUGAUGGUGGAAAUAAAUUUCGUAUCUUUAUAUCAUCUGUUCGUUUGCUCGGCAUCAUAUCUAUGUCGUCACAUUUAUGUUCUGAUGCUACAUAUAAAUUAGUAUGGCAAGGUUUUCCAGUAUUAAUCAUUGGUACAACUGAUUUAAACAAAGCAUUUCAUCCAUUUGGUUUAGCAAUAUGUUCAAAUGAAAAAACAAAAGAUUUUGAAUUUAUUUUCAAUUGUAUUCAAAUUGGAUUGUAA